AGGUGGUGCAGGGAGGAGGGGGGCUAACGGAGUCAGCUCAGUGUUACGGCGCGCGCCGCCGCCGCCAUGGGAAACCACUCAUCCUCCCACGUCGCUCACAAGUCUAGGAAGAACGUUCACUGGAAGUCUGCAGGACGGCCAGGAGUGCCGGGGAAGCCAGAAAUUAUUCCAUUUCUCUCCGAUGAAGAACCCAACGCUAUAACACUGAAAUGGAACCCACCGAGCCACGACGGCGGGGCACCUCUACGAGGUUACCAGGUAGAAUGUAACCGUUUAGGUUCACCGGACUGGGUGCGAACUGCUCCACCAGUGGUAUGGCGACCGGAAUUGCUCCUAAGCGGCCUCGAACCACCUCAUCGUUACCAAUUUCGUGUGACAGCAAUCAAUGCCGUAGGUCGCUCUGAUUACAGCGAGUUAUCUGAUAUCCUUACUGUCAAUGCAAACCGCACAUCACAAGAACCACCUUUAUUCCUACAACAUGUAGAAAAUGUCACAGCUCUUGAAAAUGACAAGACAGAAUUUCGUGUUUCAUUUACGGGUACUCCUGUACCAACAAUAGCAUGGUUUAAGGAUGACUAUGAAAUAUUCAGCAGUAGACGGACCGCAAUAUCAACCACAGAUUCAACAAGUAUCCUUAUUUUUCAUCAAACAAUUGCUAGUGAUGAGGGCGAAAUCAAAUGUACGGCAACUAACCGUGCCGGCCAUGCUGUGAGUAAAGGAAGGUUAUCAUUAGAAGCCGCCCCUAAAUUACGAUAUCCUCGACAGUACGAAGACGGACUGCUAUACGAAAUAAACGAAACAGUUUUCUUGAAAACGGCAAUAGUAGGAAAACCAACUCCUGUUGUAGAGUGGCGACAUGACGGGCAACCUAUAAGCAUAAAUGAACGUAUACAAAUAACAACCACACCAAAGUUUUCUAUGUUAAAAAUAUUAUCAGCUAGACGAAGUGACCGUGGUGAGUACCAAGUUCAUGCAAAGAAUAAUAUAGGAGAAGAUACAGCAUCCUUCUUAGUGACGAUAACCGCACCUCCUGAUCCGCCCCGAAAUGUAUCGGUGGCCCGGCAGGUAGAUAAGUCGGUAACUUUAAAUUGGGAACCACCUGAAGAUGAUGGAGGUUGUCGUAUCGGUAACUACGUAGUUGAGUAUUAUCGCAGCGGUUGGAAUGUGUGGUUGAAGGCAGUUACCAGUCGUAAAACGAGCAUCACGCUUUUCGAUCUUAUUGAAGGCAGCGAAUAUCGAUUCCGUGUCAAAGCAGAAAGCCCAUACGGAAUGAGCGCUCCUAGUGUUGAAUCUACGCCAGUUAAAAUACCAGGGCGGGCUGUGGAUAUGGAAUUUUUGGCGGUAGAGUCUAAAAUAAUAAACGAGGCGAUGUUAAAAGAAGGAGGAGAAGCGAUGCCAAUCUCUCCAACUCCAAGACGGAAAAGAUUGUCCGCGCCGGCUGAUUCAACUCUUUUAGAUGAACCCUCGCCCGUACCACUAAGAAAAAAACCUGCACCUUCCAAGUCCGAAGCUACAAGCAACGAGUUUAUGUUAGUGCUUUACCCAGACGCUAAAUCAGAUGACAAAACUGAAAAACGGAAAUCGUUUCAGCUGGAUUUAGAAGACGCGUUAUCGCCCCCACCUAUUUCGUUAUCAGCCCCUGAGUUAAGUUCUAGAUCUACGUUGCCUUUCAAAACUCUACGAAAUGCUGUCAGUUCCACGGAGCUUUUACACGAACGAGCAAUGGCUCGCUUCUACAAAGCCGUUGCCAUGAAAGAAGAACAAAGUAAACAAAUGCAAAAAAACAUUCCCAGUAAUGCCUUUGAAAACAACAAUGCAAUCAACGGUCAUACUUCAAAACUCAAACAUGAUAUAGUUAAAAAUGCACCCUCUCUGAAUAUGUCUAUAAAGAGUGACAGUGUAGAAGAAAAAGAACUUGAAAAUUCAAAGUUUCAAAUCCGUCAAGAUUCCAUAAACUCUGAAAAAUGGCAACAGAUGUCCUUCGAUGAAGACUACACGGCUAGUACAGUUUCCACCGAUGGCGAUUAUUCAGAAGACGAAGACGUUAGCCUUACUGAAGAGAUUCAGAGAGAAAAACAAUUACUAGAAGAGGAAGCCACCUAUAACCCUAGAAACAAAAACAUUCACAACACAUCUCAGUCAAAAAUAUCUUUAGAAGAAGAAGAUCACAAUGACGAGCUUAUUCCACUUUCACCACUACCAGAUCCCAAUUUUGUACCAAAACCUAUUUUAAAGAAACGGGAAAAUACAGAACCAAUCAAUUUUACAUCAAUAGAAACAAAAAGUGAUUUAAAAGAAAGUAAUGAAAUAUUAACAAAAACUCAAAAGGAAAACAAGAGAACAUUAUUUCAGAAAUUGACGAAGCAAAAACCAUUUCAUUUUCCGAAAAUUCUUAACAAGAAAGACACAAAUAUAUCAGAGGAAGCAAUGCAGACGAACAAAGAAAAGCCUAUUAAUAAAGUAGAACCCAUAGAUGACAAAUUAGGCGAUGAAGGAAAAACUGUCAUUGAUUACUAUGGCAAUAUUGUAAAAGAGUACGGAAGUGCUAAGAAGUCCAAUACCCCUCUAUACCUAAAUACAGAAGAUCUUAAAUAUGUUGCUGAACAGCAAUACAAAAAUGAUCUCCAAUCAUCUAAAGUCUUAGAUCACAAAGACACAGUUAUUAAACCGGCUCAAGAUAAAAAAGUUACAACAACAAAAACUAAAACAAAAAUCAGGGCCAAACCAUUAAACAAAAGUUCAAAAAAAGAAAAUUUGGAUAAACAAACGGAAAUAACUGAAAACAAAGUACACCUGUCAAAAGCUCAAAAUUGUAAUCAAAAAUCUGAAAUCAAAAAUGUUGUGCUUAAAACAACAGAAAGAGCUACAAUCGUCAUACCGAUAGAUUAUAGAAAGCUAGAAGAGAGAGCUAAAAUAACCGUUAGAUCAGCAAUCGACUACACAGUAGAUGUGUGCCUGUUGUUGUUGGCUUUUUGGCUUUAUAUUUUUAAAGACGAAAGAUUAGCUAUACCAAUUUUAAUACUCAUUAUAUAUCGGCAAUUACAAGAGACUAUUUUUCGAAAUAUUCCAGAAUGGAUCAAACACUAUACUCCUCAGUGGCUUAAAAAGAAAACUUCGUGACUAUACCUGAAAUACAUGCGAAUGUAUGGUUUGUGAGCUGGAUGUGAUUGUCCAUAUUAAUAAUAUCAUAAAGUUUUUAUAUAUGAAGAAUUUAUAAUAAAAACAUUAAUUUAUUUAACAUCUAGAGGGCAACGGGCAAGUACUGAGUCAUUUUAGUAUCUAAGUACAUUUCGAAAAUUUGUUCUUGUUUUACAAAAUUAAUUGUGGCGCAAUAAAUUUAAAAAAAUGUUUGAUUACAGACAUGGAAGUAGA